GUAGAUCUAAAGUAUCCCGGUGAUGGUUAUCGUUUCAUAUUAAGUUUUCGUUGGUGCUUUGUGCUCAGAAGUCUGGAAAGUGUUUCCUGCACGCAAUUUUCGGCAAAAUGGCAGAUCAAAUGGGAAAUCAGAAUAACCAAGUAAAACGCCCACUUAUGAGGAUAGAAUUUCCACCACAACCCAUGGCACCGUUCGCGUUUCGUCCUUUACCCAGUCAACCGGCAGAUAAACCCUCAACGGCCGGUAGGCCAAAAAUGAGUUUACCAAAACAAGCCGCAGAUCCAGCCAUCGACAAAACUCGUUUUGCCUCAUCCGAAAGAUCAAAAUCAAGAGAUCAGCGUUUCAAGAUCUGCCACUCGAUGCACUCGACAGGCAAAUUGAAAUUCGACGGCACCGUUUAUGACUUCACGUCGGAGGAUCUCCAGGACUUGGGCGAGAUCGGACGCGGCGGUUUCGGCACCGUCAAUAAAAUGGUGCACCGAAAAUCGCAGACCGUCAUCGCUGUCAAAAGGAUACGGUCGACCGUCGACGAGAAGGAGCAGAAGCAGCUGCUUAUGGAUCUGGACGUCGUAAUGAAGAGCAACGAGUGCAAAUUUAUUGUGCAGUUUUACGGCGCGUUGUUUAAAGAGGGCGACUGUUGGAUAUGUAUGGAACUAAUGGACACGUCCCUAGACAAAUUUUACAAAUUCAUAUUCGAAAAGCUCAAGAAACGAAUCCCGGAGCCCAUUCUGGGCAAAAUAGCACUGGCGACCGUGAAAGCCUUGAACUAUUUGAAGGAAGAACUGAAAAUAAUCCACAGAGACGUGAAACCCAGCAACAUUUUGCUGGACAAAAAGGGCAACAUAAAACUGUGCGACUUUGGAAUUUCCGGCCAACUUGUCGACAGCAUCGCUAAAACUAAAGACGCUGGAUGCAGACCGUACAUGGCGCCGGAGAGGAUAGAUCCGCAACCAGCCAAAGGUUACGACGUGAGGAGCGACGUAUGGUCGUUGGGCAUCACGCUUAUGGAAGUGGCGACGGGCAGUUUUCCUUAUCCGAAAUGGUCCAGCGUCUUCGAUCAGCUGCAUCAAGUCGUCAACGGUGACGCACCCCGUCUUUCCACUAACGCCAAUACAUUUACCGCUGAGUUUGUUAAUUUUGUAAAUACUUGUUUAAUAAAGGACGAACACGCGAGACCCAAAUAUAACAGGCUGCUUCAAGAUCCGUUCAUCCUGCGGUCGCAGAAGGAGCAGGUGGACGUUGCUGCAUACGUCUCCGAGAUUAUGGACGAGAUGGCGAACAACGGUAUCAGCGCCUUCACCACCAAUCUGCAAUAGAUGCUGCACUGAGGCGUGUGCGUCGUCCAUUGUUUGGUUGUUGGUGUUUAUUAAUUCGAGGCGAGCUGAACAUCUGAACAGCGACGAUUUGGUAUGAGAUAGACAAUAAUUCAUUAGAUUAUAGCGAUUGAUCUAAUGUUGACUGCUUUGCAUUUGUCUUUGUACUGUGUUGUUUAAGUCGAUGAUUGAGUUCAGUACCGUUGUAUAACACUACAUAAACAAAAUAUCUUUUUAAAUUGUUGUUAGUGAAGCUGAUCUGUUGAUCAUUGAUUUUAUAUACUAAUUAACCGUCACUGUUGAGAUUUUGGUCGCCUUGGUAUUAUGUUUAAUAUUUUAGAGAAUAAAGUCAGUCAUCUCAGGUGAUAGUGAUAACCUGUUAGCUUAUUGUCCGACGGUUUUUCUUAUUAGUGAACUAUGAUUUUAUAUUUUUCACUUCCUAGUUUUCUCCUCUGUAAAAAAUAUGUAUUGGUUUUGAUGCUUAGUCCCACUAAUCUAUUCUAGACGAAUUACUUUAAUAAAAAAAUAGUCUUAGUAACAUAUGAAUGUUACACUUAAAAUUAGUAAUGGAUAUGAAUAUAAUAAAAGGAAAAUUGUUACUGUCCAUGCAGGUCUGAGUCCAUUUUGUACAUAAAACUCGUAAGAAAUAAAAUGUUUUAAUUUCCCUUUUAUAACUAUAAACUUUUUUUACUAUUGUGAUGUUAAACACCAAUGUAUUUAAAAAUGUAAAUCAUGUAGUAAUUCCUAUUAAUCACAAGACUGGUUAGAAACACCAAAACAUUUUGAAAAUAUAUAUUCCAAUUCACUGUAGAAUUAGAUAUCCUGUUGGAAUUUUAAAUUGUCUCGUAAUUCUCUUUAGCAAAAUAAAUUCCAGUUUUUCAAUGAUUUUAAUAAUAUCAAAGGGGCAACAUUUUCCGUGUAUGAAAUCAUCAAAUAAUUGUCUAACAAUCAAUAUGUUGGCUGUGAAGUAGACUGUUGGACUGAUCAGUUAAUUUAAAAUUUUCCUUAACACUUACUCAACGUUGUAGCUCACUUCAAAACUGUAAAAACUCCUUAUGCACUUAACUUUUUCCUUCACAUUGGUGUUGUCAAAAUAGAUCUGACUUAGAGUGAAUAAAUAAGCAAUAAUGUUAGAGUAAGCAAGUACAUUUUUAAAUAUAUUGGCGAUGUUUAGUUUUAAAACAAGGUGCUUUUAUUAUUUUAAUAAUUUAUUAUAUGUAUAUUAUGAAUUCAUCAUAUUUUAACUUAAAUUUUAUACUACUUCCCCAUUCUCCACUUUACAACAUUCACUUAAAUAUAUUUCAUUUUUUUAAUUAGUUAUGCCCAUUAUAAUACAAAAGUGCAUUAAAAGUGAACAUGGUUUUAAUUAAAGCAAUAAUUUUUGUUGAAUAUUGUAAAGUGUAUUAAAUCUGUUUGUCUAUUUAAAAAAUUGUUACUGGUUUAAACUAAUAAAAUGUUGCCUAUUGUAUUGUACCUUGUACGAUUGUAUAUACUUAAGUGUAUGUUAAUAAUUUUAAUUUUAUACUCAAAAUGUUUAAACAAAUAAACAAAAUAAGCUGUUUAUUUACACAUACAAUGUUGAGUAUAUAUGAAAAAUAUAAUAUACAAAGAAACUC